GAAGUGACGUCAGUCUCCCUGCGCUGAAUUGUGGGUAGCAGUGGAGCUUGGAUGGGGGAAAAAAACAACAAAAAAUAAAAGCCCCGUUCGCCAUUUUCUCGCUGCAGCGGAUUCAUCGAUUCAAAUAAACAAAUAAACACCCAGAAGGACGUGUUGUUGUUUUGUUUACGGUACUGCGCGAGGCCGCGAGACAACGAGCACGUCACAGCGGCGGGAUGGCGGCCGAGCGGCGCGAGGACAAAGAAGGGGAGCUGAAUGUGCUGGAGGACAUUUUGACUGAAGCUCCAGACCAGGAUGAUGAGCUCUACAACCCUGAGAGUGAGCGCGAUGUCGGAGAUAAGAAAGGGACGAAGAGGAAGAGCGAUCGCUCUGACAGCCAGGACCUGAAGAGGCUCCGCCCCUCCGGCCACACCUCCUCGUCCUCGUCGUCCAAUAAGAGAGCCCUUCCUCCUCCUCCGUCUUCGUCAUCUGGUGGAAAAAAGACGGCGGGCAAUCGCAGCGGCAGCUACAGGCAGGAUUACUAUGACGACCGGAAAGGGCGGCGGCGCCAUGGAGAUGAUGCUCGUCGUCGAGAUGGCGAGCGGCGAGCAGAGGGAGGCGUCGGCCAAUCAGAGAAGCUCCGGCGUGAUGAGAGGCACUCUAGCCCCUCCCCCUCCCGCCACCAUGACGACAACCGCCACCACCAAUCAGACGAGGACGAGGAAGAGCGGGACGUAGCGGCGGCUUCAGAGGAGCAGGAAACAGGAAGCUCCGCCUCCCCAGCUCCCUCGCACGCCGACGAGGAGGAGGAGGAGGAAGAAGAGGAGGAGGAGGACGAGGAGGAAGAGGAGGAGGAGGAGGAGGAAGUGAUGGAGGAGGAGGAAGAGGAAGAGGAGGAGCAGGAAGUGAAGGAGGAAGAGGAGGAGGAAGAGGAGGAGGUGUACGAGCGGCGGGAGGCCAACGACUACGACACGCGCAGUGAGGCCGGCGAGUCGCGCUCCGCCUCGUCCGUCAGCUUCUCCGAGGAGGAGGAGGACGAAGACGAGGAGGAGGAGUCAGGGAGAAGCUCUGCCUCCGACGCCUCAGGCUCUGAGAAGAAGCGGGAGAAGCUGUCUUCGUCUGUCCGAGCCGUCCGAGCCGUCCGCAAAGGCAUCGAGAACCAGAGCAGUAAGUUGCGCUACAUCCUGCGGGACGCUCGCUUCUUCCUCAUCAAGAGCAACAACCAUGAGAACGUGUCGCUGGCCAAGGCCAAGGGUGUGUGGUCCACUCUGCCGGUCAAUGAGAAGAAGCUGAACGCGGCGUUCCGCUCGGCUCGCAGCGUCAUCCUGGUGUUCUCCGUGCGCGAGAGCGGCAAAUUCCAAGGCUUCGCUCGGCUGGCGUCCGAGUCGCAUCACGGCGGCUCGCCCAUCCACUGGGUGCUUCCUGCCGGCAUGAACGCCAAAAUGCUGGGCGGAGUCUUCAAGAUCGACUGGCUCUGCAGGCGGGAACUUCCCUUCACGAAGACGGCUCAUCUGUCCAAUCCCUGGAACGAACACAAGCCCGUGAAGAUUGGACGUGACGGACAGGAGAUCCAACCGGACGUCGGUGCCCAGCUCUGUGCCCUCUUCCCAUUGGACGAGAGUGCUGAUGUGCAGCAGGCGGCGCGCAAAGUGCGCCACCAUCAUCGCCGUGGAAAUGGAGGCGGUGGACGCGGCGCUGCCUCGUCUUCGGAACCACCGCCACCACGACCACGCGGCCGGCCACCGCACCGCGACCCGGGCAGGCGUCGGCCAGAAGAGUACGACAUCAGCGGGCGGAAGCGAGCGCGCCUCGACUACCAGCCCGACUUCCCUCAGAGACAAGGGUUCAUCCAGGACCUGCGGAGCCAGCCGGUGGACAGGAGGUUCUCCGGCGUGCGGCGAGACGUUUUCCUCAACGGGUCGUAUAACGACUACAUGAGGGACUACCACCACGGCGUCGGCCCCCCCGCCCCCUGGCAGGCGCUGGCCCCGUACCCGGGCGUGGACGCGCCCCCCCACCACCCGUACUACCACCACCACCACCACCAGCAGGCCCCGCCCCCUCCGCAGGCCCCGCCCUACCACCACCAUCAUCAUCAUCACCACCACCAGCAGCAGCAGCAGCAGGCGCCGCCGCCACCGCACGACAGCCGCUUCCGUGACAAACGGCAGACACGCUCCUUCAACUCCAGCCCUCACGACUACGACAUGCGUGUGGACGACUUCCUGCGGCGCACGCAGGCGGUGGUGAGCAGCCGGCGUGAGCGCGAGCGGCAGCGUGAGCGCGAGCGAGGAGGAGGAGGAGGAGGAGGGGGAGGAGGAGGAGGAGGAGGAGGAGGAAGGAGGGAGAGGGAGAGAGAGCGAGGCAGAGAGAGAGACAGGGAGAGAGAGAGAGACAAGGAGCGACAGGGACGCUACCGCCGCUGACGCCGCCCGGCCCGGGCUUUUAUUUUCCAAUUCUCAUGUGUUGUUGUCUUGUAAAGUUGAUGUCAUCAUGAACUUUCAAAAUAAAAGGAUUUUGAGUGGUCAGAACCUGUCGCCACAUUUUCACCUGUAGUUUUCUUCAAAAUAAAAGUAGAAUUAAAGAAGAUUAGCAACCAAGCCGGCUUUUAAUUAGUUGGGGGGGGGGUGUCACUUGAACUUUAUUUACCUCAGAAAUGUAAAAAAAAAAAAAAAAAAAAAAAAAAAGACAGGAACCUCGUGUGAUGUCAACAGAAGAAACCUGUUUUUUUCACUGCUUUUACUUUGAAAACGUCUGUUUUUGGUUAGAUUGUUGUUUUUUAUUUUAUAUUUUUAUUGUCAUCGUGAAGAUAAAGGUGAAACUUUAUUUUGAAAAGUCACUUUGUUUUUCCUACAUACAUAAAUAGAAGUAACUACUUUUAAUUUGUUAAGAGUACGUUUCAAAAUAAAAGUAGCUUGACACUGAAAGGGAGGUGAACAGGAAGGGGCGGGGCCAACUUCCUUUGAUGUCGUUCUGUUUGUUUUUUGGGGUUUUUUUUCAGCUGGAAAACUUUAAGCUGGGGUCAGGAGAGGGCUUUUAUUUUGAUAUUCCCAGUACUUUUUCCAUCAUGUUCAUGAAACUUAAAACAAUAAAAUCCCAAGCAAAAUUAUUUGUUUCCUUUAGAAAACAACUGUACAGACUUUUUUUUUUUUGUUUGUUUUAUUUUGAAGGUAGACGAUAAAUACACAACUUCCUGUUUGAAGUCUUGUUUUAUUUUUGUUUUCUGUUUACUCAGUGUUAUUGUAAACAAAAACUGUAAACAAGAGGCAACGUUAUGGCUGAUGCUCGUUUCUCAUUGGACAAAUGGACGAGGAGGGGCGGGGCUUGUGUUGUUUUUGCACAAAAUAAAAGUGGAAAGUAACAAAA